AUGCAAAUUUAUUUUCGUGCUCAACACUUUGCUUUUAGAAAACAGAUUUCUUUUGCCGGAUCUUUUUUACAACCUUUAGUACAAAUUAGAAAUUCAUCGAGUGAUAAUAAUGCCGAAGAAAAGCCAAUUUUGCUGGUUGGACAACAUGACGUGGCAGUUAUACAAGAAAGUGAAGUAGACCUUGCCUCAAAAAACGAUAUGGAGAAGAUUCGAGAUCAGAGUUUACAAUAUAAAUUGAGAGACAAGACACGACAAUUUAUCGACCUGAUGUAUGUUAUGGUUAAGGGAGGUGCCGGGGGUGAUGGCUGUGUUGCUUUUAGUCGGGAAAAGUAUGUUUCAAAGGUACCCCCUUCAGGUGGUAAUGGAGGGCGGGGAGGGAAUGUUAUCUUUGUCGCGUCAUCAAAUCAUUCUUCAUUGCAUUCCAUUAGCAAGAACAUCACUGCGGGUAGAGGUCAUAAUGGCGAAGGGAAUAUGAAACAUGGCUCAGCUGGUAAAGAUGUUAUAAUACAAGUUCCUUUGGGAACCAUUGUUAGAGAGGUUGACCCAUUAUUAAAUAAAAGACAAUCAAAAAAAAUUAAUGAAGAUCAAAUAAAUGACGAAAAUCUUGACGAAGAAACGAAACUUGCAAAAAAGAGAGUAGCGACUUGGGUUCAUUACCCUCGAUAUAAUGAGAAAAAUCCUUUAAGUUCAUUCUUUAUCGAAGCCGAAAAAAUGAUUGAGCAAGAUGAAGGGUAUAACAGGGUUCUUAAAGCUAAGGAUGCAAAUAAUAAUCUUUUUUUGGAUCUUUCCGUGCCAAAUGGUCAAUAUAUAGUUGCACAUGGAGGUUUAGGCGGAAAAGGAAAUCCACAUUUUUUAACGAAUGCAAAUCGUUCUCCAAAGUAUGCGACAAAAGGACAGGAAGGGCAAGUAAAAUAUCUUGAAUUAGAACUGAAAGCAAUAGCUGAUGCAGGAUUGGUGGGCCUACCAAAUGCGGGAAAAAGUACUUUCCUUACGGCUGUUUCUAACGCUCAUCCAAAGAUCGCACCUUAUCCUUUUACAACUCUCAAUCCUUACAUUGGUACGGUGGAUUAUUCUGAUAGGUUUCAAUUAACCGUUGCUGAUAUCCCUGGAAUAAUCCAAGGUGCUCAUAAAAACAUCGGAUUAGGACAUUCCUUCCUUAGGCAUAUAGAACGUUCGAAAGUUCUUGUUUAUGUCGUUGAUUUAUCAGGAAAUCAACCAUGGGAAGAAUGGUAUAUUUUACAAAGUGAAUUAGAAAAAUAUCGACCGGGACUUACAAAACGUUCAUCUUUGAUUGUUGCAAAUAAGGCAGAUAUAACUGAAAAAUCCAAAGAAAAUUUUCCGAUUUUUGAAGCAAAAGUUAAGGAAAUGUUUAAAGAAGAAAUUGUAAUCGUACCAGUUUCUGCGAAAUACAAAAAAAAUAUCGUCAAAGUAACAACAUUGUUAAGACAAAUGGUUGAAAAAAGAGAAUUAAUUACCUGUAAAUAA